GAAGUUCUAGAGUUGGUGAUACCAUUCUUGCAGCACGUACUUUUUUUUUCUCAAUUAUUAUAAUGAAAGGCUAGAAACUUUAUUCUCAAUUAUUAUAAUUACUUGAUUCUCCUGGCUUACUUUAGCUUUCAAAAUUUACAGAUGCAUGCAGAAGCUGGAAAUGGUCAGUAUGAAAUGGCUUUGGGGUACACUGCUUGUACAUAUGCUGCUGACAACUUGAUUUUCAUGCGCGAAGUUGUUAGGACUAUUGCAAAUAAACAUGGCCUGUUGGCAACGUUUGUCCCCAAGUAUGCUUUGGAUGACAUAGGUUCUGGAUCCCAUGUGCAUCUCAGUUUAUGGCAGAAUGGACAAAAUGUUUUCCAAGCAUCUUAUGCAUCUUCUCAGCAUGGAAUGUCUAAAGUUGGAGAGGAGUUCAUGGCAGGGGUUUUAGAUCAUCUUCCCUCAAUUUUGUCAUUCACAGCACCACUUUCAAAUAGGUUUAUUCUCUACUUCUUGCACACGUGUAUUUGCUGCACAUGA